AGGGAGGCGGAGGGCGGGGCGCGCCCGGCCGCCAUGGGGCGGGCCGCCCGCGAGCCCAGCGCGUCGUCCUCCGGCGACGCCGAGGCCGGCGCGGGCGGCUCCUCCGAGGGCGGCUCCAGCUCUAGCAGCGGGGGCACCGCCGCGCGCCAGGCGGCGGCGGCUGCGGUGGCCGCGCUUGCUGGCAGGAACUCCAGGGCCCUCCGCGAGGCCCCCCGCGAGGCGGACAAGAAGAAGGACGGGAAGGGCCGCAGGAAAGACGCACAGGGGCCUGAGGCAGAGGCAGCCGCCGAGGGCAAGAAGGCCCGGGCCGACGAGCGAGGAGGCGCGCGGAGAGCGGAUGGGCGCCGC